CUCUGUCUUGUUUCAUCUCAUUGCGCCUCUCUUCGUCUCCUUGCUUGAAUCUUUUUGGUUGGGGAUCCGAAUUUUUUUUCUUUUGAAAUUGGGGUUUUCCUAAGCUCUUCUUUAGUUUAAAACUGAAUCUGCUCCCUCCUUUGUGUUAUCUUUGCCAAUGACUGCUAAGUGUAGCUGAAACACAUUUGAUUGAUAUUACUGUGAGUUUUAGCUCUGUACGGGUAUUUGAUUGUUGUUCUUGGUUGGUAUCAUUGUGUUUUAUUUGUGUAAAUGUCUGAGUAAUCAAAUAGAAUUGUAGUUAUAAGCUGAGGAUUCUCUUAACAGGUUAGAUUGGCAGAUCUAACAUGGAGCCGGAGUUUUCUAAAGUGGAUUAUUCAGAGAUACUAUGUCUUAGCUCUUCUUUUUGCUUAUGCUAAUCAUGACCUUCUUAUCUUUUAUGUUGCCAUGAUUUUUAACCUUCUUUGCAUCUAACCAAGGCCUAUGAUAUCAUGGUUUUUUUUUUUCCGCUCUCAGGGUCAUUCGUUUCUUUCUUUUUAUUUUGUUUCAACCUGUUGAGCAUUCGUUACCCUCUUAUUUUGUUUGGGAUUCCUUUUUUUGCCGCAUUAUGGCAGAGCGUCAAUUCAAACCUUUUAUUCUUCUUUUCUAUCGGCCUCUUAUUGUUUCUUUUCCAACCUUUCCCCGGUUCUAUUCUCUCUCCCCACUUGCUUCUUGCUUCUGUGUCUCCUCCACAGUUGUAGUGCAAGCGUUCUUUUCUAGAUACUUAAGAUGUCAAGGACGAGGACUGCUGCUUCAGAGGCUCAUGAUUCAAUGGAAUCUGAGGAAAGGGUAGACCUUGAUGGUGACAAUGAUCCUGAGGAGAUUCUGGAGGAGGAAGUUGAGUACGAAGAAGUUGAAGAGGAGGAGGAAAUCGAAGAGAUAGAGGAGGAGAUAGAAGAGGAGGUUGAAGUGGAUGAAGAGGAGGAUGAUGCUGCUGCAACGGAGGAGGAAGAAGAAAAGAAAAAGCAUGUUGAACUCCUUGCACUUCCUCCACAUGGUUCAGAGGUUUAUCUCGGAGGGAUUCCUACUGAUGCUACUGAAGGGGACAUAAAGGGCUUCUGCCAAUCAAUAGGAGAAGUUACUGAGGUGAGGAUAAUGAGGGAAAAAGAAUCUGGUGAUGGAAAGGGGUAUGCAUUUGUGACAUUCAGAAACAAGGACUUAGCAUCUGAAGCAAUCGAUAAUCUAAAUAACACUGAAUUCAGAGGUAAAAGGAUAAAAUGUUCGACUACCCAAGCAAAGCAUCGUCUCUUUCUCGGUAAUGUUCCUAGAAAUUGGAUGGAGUCAGACAUUAAGAAAGCAGCGAAUAGGAUUGGUCCAGGUGUUCAAAUUGUCGAACUCCCAAAGGAACCACAAAAUAUAUGCCGGAAUCGUGGUUUUGCUUUCAUCGAGUAUUACAACCAUGCAUGUGCUGAGUACUCGAAACAAAAAAUGUCAAAUCCGAGUUUUAAGCUUGAUGACAAUGCCCCAACUGUAAGCUGGGCUGAAUCAAGGAGUGGAGGAGGAGACUCUUCAGCUUCCCAGGUCAAGGCAUUGUACAUCAAGAACUUGCCUAGAGAUAUAACCCAAGAACGUCUCAAGGCAUUAUUUGAACAUCACGGGAAAAUACUGAAAGUGGUGAUCCCACCAGCAAAACCAGGAAAGGAAGAUAGUAGAUACGGGUUUGUGCACUACGCAGAGAGGACAAGUGUCAUGCGAGCUUUGAAAAACACUGAAAGAUAUGAGAUUGAUGGUCAUAUGUUAGAUUGUACUCUUGCAAAGCCUCAAGCGGAUCAAAAGAUGAAUACAAAUUCAGUUCAGAAUAUGCAGAAAUCACAAAUGCAACCAAACUAUCCUCCUCUUCUUAGUUACGGAAUGGCUCCUAGUCCUUUUGGUGCUCUUGGUGGCUUUGGAGCUUCUGCCUACUCACAACCAUUAAUGCAUGCGGGAGGUCACGCAGCUGGUGGAAUGUCGAUGAUGCCAAUCAUGUUACCGGAUGGGAGAAUCGGAUAUGUCUUGCAACAACCUGGACUAGGGGCUGUGCCACAACCACCAUCAAGGCCUUCUCCACCGUAUAGGGGAGGCAGCGGUUCAAGCAGCAGCAGCAGUAGCAAACGAAGUAGCGACAACGGUAGAGGACGAAGCCGUUACAAUCCUUAUUAGGAAUUUGACAAUUAUGUCUUUGUUUAUUUGGGAAAAACACUCUCAAGUCCCAAUCAAGUCACCAAAACAAAAAGCCAAUUUUAACCAUUGUGUUGUCUUCUUUAUACCAUUUGUUUUGACUUUUUAAGAUUUUGAGGGUGGAAAUGGGGUUUCGUUUAACUCGUGUUUUGUGUAUAUUGAAUUAUUGAUGGGUUUUUUACUUUUCUAUGAAUGUUUUUUUUCUAAAGCAUUUGUUAAUUUA